AGCUGUUUUUGCGAGUUUUUCCUCAAGCCACUCAGGGACGCUUUUUAGCUCAGGGGUGUCGGCAUUGCCAUGGCGCUCAAAUCCGGUGUAUUCGCUUGCCUAAUCCUUGCAUUGUGCGUGGGCUGCAACAACGUCAUGGCACAGAACACCGACCUUAAGGAGACUGAGAAAAGCGGCUUCAUCAUCCCCAGGUCCGAGAACCUCAGCAAGGAGACUGUGAAAAGAUAUGUUUUCAUGUGCGAGAUAAUCGGCGAGAUUAAAGGGCUUUGGGAGGUCAGGUCUAAAAGCCCUAUAAUUUACUACUGCAACGACAUAAUUCUCUCCUGCGUCAGGGUGGUCGAGAAAAGCGGCUUCAUCAUCCCCAGGUCCGAGAACCUCGGCAAGGAGACUGAGAAAAGCAACAUCAUCAUCGGGAGGUCCGAGAACCUCGGCAACAUCGCCUUUAGGUUAGGUCACCUGGUGGAUGCACUGGGCAGCGGAACAGAAUCGCUGCCUGUGGGUCUGCUGGCUGCCUAUGGAUUGGCGCGGCUGUCCACCAGUGCCUUCAACGAACUGCGCUCCGCGCUCUUUGCCACGGUGUCACAGAGCAGCUGUCGCAGUUUGGCGCGGCGCAGCUUUCAGCAUUUGCACAGCCUGGAUGCGGGCUACCUUUUAUCCAGCAAACCUGGCGCAUUGAACGUGGUGGUGAAUCGCGCGACCAAGUCCUUGACGCAGGUGUUGAACAUGUUGCUCUUCAACGUGAUGCCCAUCGCUGUGGAGUGCACCAUGGCACUUGGGGUUAUGGCCUCCUUAGCAGGACCGGAAUGUGCAUUUGCAGCCUUGAACACCCUGGUGGCUUACGUGGGCUUCACCACCUGGUUUUCCAAUCACAGGCGAGAGAUCAUGCGCAGGGCCAAUCGAGCAGAAGAAGAUGCCAGUGCCGUCUUCUACGAUUCCUUGGCGAACUGUGAGAUCGUGAAAUACUUCCAAGGGGAGGCUCACGAGAUCCGACGAUACGACAAAGCCUUGGCUCGCUACGAGACGGAGCAGGUUUCGGUGCUCCACUCUUUGGCGAAGCUGAACUUCGGACAGUCGGUGAUCGUGGUGACCAGCUUCACCUCCAUCCUGGCCCUCACCUCUCUGCGCGUGCUGAAUGGUCAACUGCCCGUCGGGGACGUCGUGGCGAUCCACGGCAUUCUGGCGCAGCUUAUGCAACCCUUGGGCAUCUUGGGUGGAGUCUAUCGCGUGACGACUCAAGGCUUUGUGGACCUGGGAAAGUUGCAAGCCUUUCUGAAGGAGGUUCCUGCUGUACAACCACCAGAGGAUGGUGCAACUUUCCAAUUUCAUGGAGGCCGUGUAGAGUUCCGUGAUGUGCACUACUCCUAUGCGCACAAUGUGGUUCUUGAGGGAGCCUCUCUGGACGUGAAGCCUGGCUCCAAAGUUGCCAUCGUUGGAUCCAGCGGUUCCGGCAAGAGUACCUUGCUGCGACUGCUGUAUCGCCUCAACGACCCGCAACAGGGGCAGGUGCUGAUUGAUGGCCAGGAUGUGAAGACCUUGGAUCUGGCGUCCUUCCGGCGCUUCCUGGGCAUUGUGCCACAGGACUGCGCUUUAUUCAACGACACAAUCAGAUUUAACAUCCGCUAUGCCCGACCUGAUGCUACAGAUGCAGAGGUUGAGUGGGCUGCCAGACUAGCGCAAAUCCAUGAGCACAUCGAGUCUCUACCAGAAGGCUACGAUACCGCCGUGGGCGAGCGGGGCAUGAAACUCAGCGGCGGAGAGCGACAGCGUAUCGGCAUUGCACGCUGCCUGCUGGCAGAUCCGUCGGUGUGCCUGCUGGAUGAGGCCACCUCCGCGCUGGACGUGCGCACGGAGCGCGCCCUGGCGGAGGCCAUGGCGGAGCUGAUGAAAGGGCGCACCUCGCUGAUCGUGGCGCAUCGUUUGGCCACGGUGGAGCGAUGUGAUGUGGUGGCCUUUUUGGAGGAUGGUGUCGUGAGUGAAGAAGGUCCACAUCAGGAGCUCCUCGAGCGCAGUGAACGCUACAGACGCUUCUGGCAGGGCGUACCUGGCGACGCUUGA